AUGGGGCUGCCGCUAGCCCCUCUGGCGGCUGUCUGCCUGGCCCUGUCUGUGGCAGGGGGCUUGGAGCUCCAGACAGAGGGCAGAACCCGAAACCAUGGCCACAAUGUCUGCAGCACCUGGGGCGACUUCCACUACAAGACCUUUGACGGGGACAUCUUCCGCUUCCCCGGCCUCUGCGACUACAACUUCGCCUCCGAUUGCCGAGGCUCCUACAAGGAAUUUGCCGUGCACCUAAAGCGGGGCCCGGACCAGGCUGAGGACCCCGCCGGGGUCGAGUCCAUCCUGUUGACCAUCAAGGAUGACACCAUCUACCUCACCCGCCAUCUGGCUGUGCUGAACGGGGCCAUGGUCAGCACCCCACACUACAGCCCCGGGCUGCUCAUCGAGAAGAGCGACGCCUACACCAAAGUCUACUCCCGCGCCGGCCUCACCCUCCUGUGGAACCGGGAGGACGCCCUCAUGCUGGAGCUGGACAGUAAGUUCCGGAACCACACCUGUGGCCUCUGCGGGGACUACAACGGCCUACAGAGCUAUUCAGAAUUCCUCUCUGACGGUGUGUUCUUCAGUCCCCUGGAGUUCGGGAACAUGCAGAAGAUCAAUGAGCCCGAUGUGGUGUGCGAGGACCCCGAGGAGACGGUGGCCCUCGCAUCCUGCUCCGAGCACCGCGCCGAGUGUGAGAGGCUGCUGACCGCCGAGGCCUUCGCGGACUGCCAGGACCUGGUGCCGCUGGAGCCGUAUCUGCGCGCCUGCCAGCAGGACCGCUGCCGGUGCCCGGGCGGUGACACCUGCAUCUGCAGCACUGUGGCCGAGUUCUCCCGCCAGUGCUCCCACGCCGGCGGCCGGCCCGGGAACUGGAGGACUGCCACGUUCUGCCCCAAGACCUGCCCUGGGAACCUGGUGUACCUGGAGAGUGGCUCGCCCUGCAUGGACACCUGCUCACACCUGGAGGUGAGCAGCCUGUGCGAGGAGCACCGCAUGGACGGCUGUUUCUGCCCGGAAGGCACCGUGUAUGACGACAUCGGGGGCAGCGGCUGCAUUCCCGUGAGCCAGUGCCACUGCAGGCUGCACGGACACCUGUACACACCGGGCCAGGAGAUCACCAAUGGCUGCGAGCAGUGUGUCUGUAACGCUGGCCGCUGGGUGUGCAAAGACCUGCCCUGCCCUGGCACCUGCGCCCUGGAAGGCGGCUCCCACAUCACCACCUUCGAUGGGAAGACGUACACCUUCCAUGGGGACUGCUACUACGUCCUGGCCAAGGGUGACCACAACGAUUCCUACGCUCUCCUGGGCGAGCUGGCCCCCUGUGGCUCCACGGACAAGCAGACCUGCCUGAAGACGGUGGUGCUGCUGGCUGACAAGAAGAAGAAUGUGGUCGUCUUCAAGUCUGAUGGCAGCGUGCUGCUCAACGAGCUGCAGGUGAACCUGCCCCACGUGACCGCGAGCUUCUCCGUCUUCCGCCCGUCUUCCUACCACAUCAUCGUGAGCACGGCCAGCGGCCUCCGGCUGCAGGUGCAGCUGGCCCCAGUCAUGCAACUCUUCCUGACGCUGGACCAGGCCUCCCAGGGGCAGGUGCAGGGCCUCUGUGGGAACUUCAACGGCCUGGAAGGUGAUGACUUCAAGACGGCCAGUGGGCUGGUGGAGGCCACGGGGGCCGGCUUUGCCAACACCUGGAAGGCACAGUCAAGCUGCCAUGACAAGCUAGACUGGCUGGACGAUCCCUGCUCCCUGAACAUCGAGAGUGCCAACUACGCCGAGCACUGGUGCUCCCUCCUGAAGAAGACAGAGACCCCCUUUGGCAGGUGCCACUCGGUCGUGGACCCCGCUGAGUAUUACAAGAGGUGCAAAUAUGACACGUGCAACUGCCAGAACAACGAGGACUGCCUGUGCGCCGCCCUGUCCUCCUACGCGCGCGCCUGUGCUGCCAAGGGGGUCAUGCUGUGGGGCUGGCGGGACCGUGUCUGCAACAAGGAUGUGGGCUCCUGCCCCAACUCGCAGGUCUUCCUGUACAACCUGACCACCUGCCAGCAGACCUGCCGCUCCCUCUCUGAGGCCAACAGCCACUGUCUUGAGGGCUUUGCGCCUGUGGACGGCUGCGGCUGCCCUGACCACACCUUCCUGGACGAGAAGGGCCGCUGCGUGCCCCUGGCCAAGUGCUCUUGCUACUACCGCGGCCUCUACCUGGAGGCAGGGGAUGUGGUCGUCAGGCAGGAAGAACGAUGUGUGUGCCGGGACGGGAGGCUGCACUGUAGGCAGAUCCAUCUGAUUGGCCAGAGCUGCACGGCCCCGAAGAUCCACGUGGACUGCAGCAACCUGACCGCACUGGCCAUCUCGAAGCCCCGAGCCCUCAGCUGCCAGACGCUGGCCGCCGGCUAUUACCACACAGAGUGUGUCAGCGGCUGUGUGUGCCCCGAUGGGCUGAUGGACGACGGCCGGGGCGGCUGUGUGGAGGAGAAGGAAUGCCCUUGCAUCCAUAACAAGGACCUAUAUUCCCCCGGGGCCAAGAUCAAGGUGGACUGCAAUACCUGCACCUGCCAGAGAGGACGCUGGGUAUGCACCCAGGCUUUGUGCUAUGGCACCUGCUCCAUUUACGGGAGCGGCCACUACAUCACCUUUGACGGGAAGUACUACGACUUUGACGGACACUGCUCCUAUGUGGCUGUUCAGGACUACUGCGGCCAGAACUCCUCACUGGGCUCAUUCAGCAUCAUCACCGAGAACGUCCCCUGUGGCACGACGGGUGUCACCUGCUCCAAGGCCAUCAAGAUCUUCAUUGGGAGCACGGAGCUGAAGUUGGAAGAAAAGGGCCAUGUGGUGAUUCAGCGUGACAAGGGUCACCAUGUGACCUACACCACGCGGGAGGUGGGCCAGUACCUGGUGGUGGAGUCCAGCACGGGCAUCAUCGUCAUCUGGGACAAGAGGACCACCGUGUUCAUCAAGCUGGCUCCCUCCUACAAGGGCACCGUGUGUGGCCUGUGCGGCAACUUUGAUGACCACUCCAACAACGACUUCACCAGACGGGACCACAUGGUGGUGAGCAGCGGGCUGGACUUCGGGAACAGCUGGAAGGAGGCCCCCACCUGCCCGGACGUGAGCACCAACCCCGAGCCCUGCAGCCUGAACCCGCACCGCCGCUCCUGGGCCGAGAAGCAGUGCAGCAUCAUCAAAAACGAUGUGUUCAGCAUCUGCCAUGGCAAGGUGGACCCCACGCCCUUCUACGAGGCCUGCGUGCACGACUCGUGCUCCUGUGACACGGGUGGGGACUGCGAGUGCUUCUGCUCUGCCGUGGCCUCCUAUGCCCAGGAGUGUACCAAAGAGGGGGCCUGCGUGUUCUGGAGGACGCCAGACCUGUGCCCCGUAUUCUGCGACUACUACAACCCUCCACAUGAGUGUGAGUGGCACUAUGAGCCAUGUGGGAACCGGAGCUUCGAGACCUGCAGGACCAUCAACGGCAUCCACUCCAACAUCUCUGUGUCUUACCUGGAGGGCUGCUAUCCCCGGUGCCCCAAGGACAGGCCCAUCUAUGACGAGUAUGAGAAGAAGUGUGUCACUGCAGACAAGUGUGGCUGCUACAUCAAGGACACCCACCACCCACCUGGAACGCCGAUUCGCCCCGAGGAGAUCUGCAAGUCUUGCGUGUGCACCAACUCCUCCCAAGUCAUCUGCAGGCCAAAGGAAGGAGAGAUUGUCAACCGGACCCAGGAUGGCGUCUUCUGCUACUGGGAGUUCUGUGGCCCCAAUGGGACGGUGGAAAAGUACUUCAACAUCUGUUCCACUACACCACUCCCGUCCACUCUGACCACCUUCACCACCGUCACCCUCCCCACCAGCCCCACCACCUUCACCACCACCACCACCACCACCACCACCACCCCGACCCCCAGCACAGUUUUAUCAACAACUCCGGAGGUGUGCUGCUUCUGGUCUGACUGGAUCAACGAGGACCACCCCAGCAGUGGCAGCGACGGCGGCGACCGAGAGACAUUUGAUGGGGUCUGCAGGGCCCCUGAGGACAUCGAGUGCAGGUCGGUCAAGGAUCCUCACCUCAGCUUGGAGGAGCUAGGCCAGAAGGUGCAGUGCGAUGUCUCUGUUGGGUUCAUUUGCAAGAAUGAAGACCAGUUUGGAAAUGGACCAUUUGGACUGUGUUACGACUACAUGAUACGUGUCAAUUGUUGCCUGCCCAUGGCUUGUACCACCACCCCUCCACCAACCACCACUCCCAGCCCCACAACAACUACCACAACCACCCCUCCACCAACCACCACUCCCAGCCCCACAACAACCACCACCACUCCUAUCCCUCCAACAACCACCACAACCACCCCUCCACCAACCACCACUCCCACAACCACUCCCAGCCCUCCACCAACCACCACAACCACCCCUCCACCAACCACCACUCCCAGCCCUCCAAUAACCACAACCACCUCUUCACCAACUACCACUCCCAGCCCUCCAACAACCACCACUCCCAGCCCUCCAACAACUACUCCUCUCUCUCCAUCAAUAACUCCUUCUGCAUUUUCACCAUUCUCAACGACAACCCCUACUACCCCAUGCGUGCCUGUCUGCAAUUGGACUGGCUGGCUGGAUUCUGGAAAACCUGACUUUAACAAACCAGGUGGAGAUACAGAAUCGAUUGAAGGCAUCUGUGAACCAGGAUGGGCAGCUAACAUCUCUUGCAGAGCCACCAUGCAUCCUGAUGUUCCCAUUGGACAGCUUGGACAAACAGUGGUGUGUAACGUCCAUGAGGGGCUAGUAUGCAAAAAUGAAGACCAAAAGCCAGGUGGGGUCAUUCCUAUGGCCUUCUGCCUCAACUAUGAGAUCAACGUUCAGUGCUGUAAGUGUGUCACCCAACCCACGACCAUGACAACCACCACCACAGAGACUCCAACCUCAACACCCACCACAACCAUCACCACCACAGAGACUCCAACUCUGACACCCACCACCACAGCCAUCACCACCACCACCACGACAGCGACACCAACCCCAACACCCACGAGCACACAGACCCCAACCCCCACACCCAUCACCACCACCACCACGACAGUGACUCCAACCACAACAUCCACGAGCACACAGACCCCCACCUCGACACCCAUCACCACUACCACUUUGGUGCCAUCAACCCCAACACCCACUGGCACACAGACCCCAACCCCUACAUCCAUCACCACCACCACUACGGUGACCCCAACCCCAACAUCCACCAGCACAGAGACUCCAACCCCGACACCCAUCACCACCACCACGACAGUGACCCCAACCCCGACAAGCAUCACCACCACCACUUCGCUGACAUCACCCCCAACACCCACCAGCACACAGACCCCAACCCCGACACCCACGAGCACACAGACCCCAACCACUCCACCAACUCCUAUCACCACCACCACUACAACCCCAACACCCACCAGCACACAGACCCCAACCACUCCACCAACCACUACAGUGACCCCAACCACAACACCCACCACCACCACCACCACAGAGACCCCAACCCCAAUACCCACAACUACCACUAGAGUGACACCAACCCCGACACCUACAACCACAGAGACCCAAACCCCAACACCUACCAACACAGUGACACCAACCCCAACACCAACCAGCACCCAGACCCCAAUUUCAACACCCAUCACCACCACCAGCACGACAGCAACACCAACCCCAACACCCACCAGCACACAGACCCCAACCCCGACAACCAUCACCACCACCACCACGACAAGCACGACAGCAACACCAACCCCAACACCCACCAGCACACAGACCCCAACCUCGACACCCCCAACACCCACCAGCACACAGACCCCAACCCCGACACCCAUCACCACCACCACCCCGACAGUGACACCAACCCCAACACCCACCGGCACACAGACCCCAACCCCAACAUCCAUCACCACCACUACCACGGUGACCCCAACACCAACACCCACCGGCACACAGACCCCAACCCCGACACCCGUCACCACCACCACCACGACAGUGACUCCAACCACAACACCCACGAGCACACAGACCCCCACCCCGACACCCAUCACCACUACCACUUCGGUGCCAUCAACCCCAACACCCACUGGCACACAGACCCCAACCCCGUCACCCAUCGCCACCACCACUACAGUGACCCCAACCCCAACAUCUACCAGCACUCAGACCCCAACCCCAAUACCCAUCACCACCACCACAACAGUGACCCCAACCCCAACACCCACCAGCACACAGACCCCAACCCUGACACCCAUCACCAUCACCACUACGAUGACGUCAACCCCAACACCUACGACUACAAGCACGGAGAUCCCCAGCCCCACAAGCACAGCACCCAUUUCUGAGUCAACCACAUCCAAACCCCCACCUGAGUCCUCAACCCCUCAGAUAUCUCGGUCCACCUCUUCCCCUCCCACGGAGUCAACCACCCUUUUGAGUACUGCACCACCUACCAUUGAGACGACCAGCACGGCCCUACCCUCCACACCCACGUCACCUACAGCCACCACGACGGGAGGCCACACGCCGUCUCCACCGCCCAGCACCACCUCGGCCCCUCCAGGCACCCCCACUCACAGUACCAUGACUGGGUCAUCUGCACCCACCACCCCCAGCACUGUGCAGACGACCACCACCAGCGCCUGGACCCCCACGCCAACCCCAAUCUCCACACUCAGCAUCAUCACGAUCACAGUCUCGCCCAUCAUUAAAUGCUGUGUCCUGAACGACACCUUCUACGCACCAGGUGAGGUGGUGUACAAUGGCACACACGGAGACACCUGCUAUUUCGUGAACUGCUCACUGAGCUGUACCUUGGAGUUCUAUAACUGGUCCUGCCCAUCCACGCCCUCCCCAACGCCCACGCCCUCCAAGUCGACGCCCACGUCUUCCAAGCCAUCGCCCACGCCCUCCAAGCCAACGCCCAGCACCAUCAAGCCCCCCGCGUGCCCAGACUUUGAUCCUCCCAGACAGGAGAACGAGACUUGGUGGCUGUGCGACUGCUUCAUGGCCACGUGCAAGUACAACAACACAGUGGAGAUCAUGAAGGUGGAGUGUGAGCCGCCGCCCAUGCCCACCUGCUCCAACGGCCUCACCCCCGUGCGCGUCAGCGACCCUGACGGCUGCUGCUGGCAUUGGGAGUGCGACUGCUACUGCACGGGCUGGGGGGACCCGCACUAUGUCACCUUCGACGGACUGUACUACAGCUACCAGGGCAAUUGCACCUACGUGCUGGUGGAGGAGAUCAGCCCGUCCGUGGACAACUUCGGAGUUUACAUCGAUAACUACCACUGUGACCCUAACGACAAGGUGUCCUGCCCCCGCACCCUCAUCGUGCGCCAUGAGACCCAGGAGGUGCUGAUCAAGACCGUGCACAUGAUGCCCAUGGAGGUUCAGGUACAGGUGAACAGGCAGGCGGUGGCAGUGCCCUACAAGAAGUACGGGCUGGAGGUGUCCAAGUCUGGCAUCAACUACGUGGUGGACAUCCCCGAGCUGGGCGUCCUCGUCUCCUAUAAUGGCCUGUCCUUCUCUGUCAGGCUACCCUACCACCGGUUCGGCAACAACACCAAGGGCCAGUGCGGCACCUGCACCAACACCACCUCUGAUGACUGCAUUCUGCCCAGUGGGGAGAUCAUCUCCAACUGUGAGGCUGCGGCCGACCAGUGGAUGGUGAACGACCCCUCCAAGCCACACUGCCCCCACAGCAGCUCCACGACCAAGCGCCCGCCCGUCACUGUGCCCGGGGGCAACAAAACGACCCCACAAAAGGGCUGCACCCCAUCUCCCCUCUGCCAGCUCAUCAAGGACAGCCUGUUUGCCCAGUGCCACGCGCUGGUGCCCCCACAGCACUACUACGACGCCUGCGUGUUCGACAGCUGCUUCGUGCCGGGCUCAAGCCUGGAGUGUGCCAGUCUGCAGGCCUACGCAGCCCUCUGCGCCCAGCAGGGCGUCUGCCUCGACUGGCGGAACCACACGCAUGGGGCCUGCUUGGUGGAGUGCCCGUCUCACAGGGAGUACCAGGCCUGUGGCCCUGCAGAAGAGCCCACGUGCAAAUCCAGCUCCUCCCAGCAGAACAACACAGUCCUGGUGGAAGGUUGCUUCUGUCCUGAGGGCACCAUGAACUACGCCCCUGGCUUUGAUGUCUGCGUGAAGACCUGCGGCUGCGUGGGACCUGACAAUGUGCCCAGAGAGUUUGGGGAGCGCUUUGAGUUCGACUGCAAGAACUGUGUCUGCCUGGAGGGUGGAAGUGGCAUCGUCUGCCAGACCAAGAGGUGCAGCCAGAAGCCUGUUACCCACUGUGUGGAAGACGGCACCUACCUCGCCACGGAGGUCAACCCUGCCGACACCUGCUGCAACAUUACCGUCUGCAAGUGCAACACCAGCCUGUGCAAAGAGAAGCCCCCAGAGUGCCCGCUGGGAUUUGAAGCAAAGAGCAAGAUGGUGCCUGGCAGGUGCUGCCCCUUCUACUGGUGUGAGUCCAAGGGGGUGUGCGUUCACGAGAAUGCUGAGUACCAGCCCGGUUCUCCAGUUUAUUCCUCCAAGUGCCAGGACUGCGUGUGCACGGACAAAGUGGACAACAGCACCCUGCUCAACACCAUCACCUGCACCCAUGUGCCCUGCAGCACCUCCUGCAGCCCAGGCUUUGAACUCGUGGAGGCCCCCGGGGAAUGCUGCAAGAAGUGUGAACAGACGCACUGUAUCCUCAAGCAGCCUGACAACCAGCACGUCAUCCUGAAGCCUGGGGACUUCAAGAGCGACCCCAAGAACAACUGCACAUUCUUCAGCUGCGUGAAGAUCCACAACCAGCUCAUCUCGUCCAUCUCCAACAUCACCUGCCCCAACUUUGACGCCAGCAUUUGUGUCCCGGGCUCCAUCACACUCAUGCCCAAUGGAUGCUGCAAGACCUGCAUCCCUCGCAAUGAGACCAGGGUGCCCUGCUCCACCGUCCCCGUCAUCACGGAGGUUUCGUACGCUGGCUGCACCAAGACCGUCCUCAUGAAUCAUUGCUCCGGGUCCUGCGGGACAUUUGCCAUGUACUCGGCCAGGGCCCAGUCCCUGGACCACAGGUGCUCCUGCUGCAGAGAAGAGAAAACCAGCCAGCGUGAGGUGGUCCUGAGCUGCCCCAAUGGUGGCUCGCUGGCACACACCUACACGCACAUUGAGAGCUGCCAGUGCCAGGACACCAUCUGCGAGUUGCCCACCGACACCUCCCGCCGGGCCCGGCGCUCCCCCAGGCAUCUGGGGAGUGGGUGAACUGGGUGGGCACAGCCACCCUUCACUGCCCUCCACAGCUCUGCCUCCCCCGGACCCUCUGAGCUUCCUGGCCUCCUAAGCUUGGCUUCCUCUCUUCAGAUAUUUAUUGUCUGAGUCUUUGUUCAGUCUUUGCUUUCCAAUAAUAAACUCAGGCAGACA